GGUGGUGCGCGUGUUGCCGUGCGCGGUGUGUGGUCGCGACUUGGAGUCUGGAUUGGGCGAGAGGUGCCCGAUGUGACCGGAGAACGAGCGACUGGAGGGUGGGGGUCUACCAGCAGCGAAAGGCCGCGGUUUUCACAUCGCGAUGGCAACGAUGGGCCUGUCCAAGGGCUUUAUACUGGACAAGUACUUCAGUGAGCUACAAAAAUUCUGGGACACUGAACGGAAACUGCAAGACACAUCCUCCUCUAACGAGGCGGCCAGCCUGCACCAGCGGCUGCGCUCGCUCAGCUCGGAGCUGGUGACGCUGCGCUCUCGACUGCAUGUCAGUCCGCCGCCGCUGCCGCCGGCCGCGGCGCAACCGCCGCCGGCCGCGGCACAACCGCCGCCCGCCGCGCCGCCCGCCGCCGCCGACGCUGCCGCGCCGCAGCCCACCAGCGCGGCCGGCCGGUUGGCGCCGCCGCCCGCCUGCUCCAACGUGGAGGACCUGAGUCACCUGGAGGGGCCGCUGACCGAGCAUGCUGUCAUGCGCUGCCUGUACGCUCGCUUUCAACAGCACCAGCUCUACACGAAUGUUGGCUCCAUCCUCGUCUCGCUCAAUUCAUACAAGGAGCGGGGCAAUUCCCUGACGCUCAACUCAACGAGGUCGAAGGAGCUGAGCGAGCAGCUGCAGAAGGUGGUGCGGGAGACGGUGCGGCAGCAGACCGAGACCGGCUACCCGCAGGGCAUCAUCCUGUCAGGGGCGAGCGGCAGCGGCAAGACCUACACGUCGAUGCUGCUGCUGCGCCAGCUGUUCUUGGUGGCCGGCGGUGGCACCGAGACGGACGCCUUCAAGCACCUGGCGGCCGCUUUCACUGUGCUCCGCUCCCUCGGCACGGCCCGCACUGCCUCCAAUUCCGAGUCUAGUCGCAUUGGUCAUUUCAUCGAGGUUCAGGUGACUGACGGUGCCCUCUAUCGUACAAAAAUACACUGCUACUUCCUGGACCAGACACGAGUCGUUCAGCCACUGCCUGGCGAGAAAAACUACCACGUUUUCUAUCAGAUGUUGGCUGGCUUGUCUACAGAAGAAAGAGCGCGGCUCCACCUGGAGGGACAGUCGCUGUCCAGCCUGCGCUACCUGCGCCAGGGUGAACGGCGUCAGGACCUCAAAGAGGACGCGCGCCGCUUCCAGGCCUGGAAGUCGUGCCUGGGGGUGCUCGGCAUCCCGUUCCUGGACGUGGUGCGCGUGCUGGCCGCCGUGCUUCUGCUAGGCAACAUCACCUUCGUCGACGGCGCCGGCAUGGAGGUGGAGGUGCAAGGUCUGGAGCAGCUCCAGGCCGUGGCUUCGCUGCUGGGCUUCAGUGCCGCCGCUCUGCGUGCCGGCCUCACCACGCGCACGCACAACGUCCGCGGCCAGCUGGUCAGGUCGCUGGGGGACGCCAACGUGUCCAGCAUGACGCGGGACUCGCUGGCCAAGGCGCUCUACUGCCGCACGGUGGCCACGAUCGUGCGGCGCGCCAACUCGCUGAAGCGACUCGGCUCGACUUCUGGCACGCUUUGCUCCUCGGACGACUCGCACGUGCACCUGGACGCCCAGUCGGCGCACGCGUCUACCGUCGGCACGGCCGGCAGCCGCGCCAGCAAGAGCAUGAGCGUGCUGAACUCGGCCGUGCGCCACGCCACCGACGGCUUCAUCGGCAUUCUGGAUAUGUUCGGCUUUGAGGAGCCCAAGCCGUCGAGACUGGAGCACCUGUGCAUCAACCUGUGCUCGGAGACGAUGCAGCACUUCUACAACACGCACAUCUUCAAGUCGAGCCUGGAGUCGUGUCGCGAGGAGGGCAUCACGUGCGAGGUGGAGGUGGAGUACGUCGACAAUGUACCCUGCAUCGACCUCAUCAGCUCGCUGCGGACCGGCCUGCUCUCCAUGAUGGACGUGGAGUGCGGCGUUCGCGGCUCGGCGGACACCUACCUGCAGAAGGUGCGGCUGGCGCACCGCAGCAACGCCCGCCUGUGCGAGCCGCCGGCCGGGCAGGCGCUCUCGUUCGCCGUGCAGCAUUACGCCGGCAAGGUGGCCUACUCGGCGGCCGACUUCCUUGACACGAACCGCGACUGCAUGCCGGACGACCUCGUGUCCGUGUUCCACAAGCAGCACUGCAGCUUCGGCUUCGCCAGCCACCUGUUUGGCACGGAGCUGAAAGUGCUGUACAGCCAGGAGGCGGUGCCGCGGGGCGUCAGCUUCCGCAUCAGCCCCACGUCCAACGCCGACCUCCAAAACGGCGACGAGCCGGUGUCGACGCUGACACAGGACUUCCACACGAGGCUGGACAACCUACUGAGGACGCUGGUGCACGCCAAGCCGCACUUCGUCCGCUGCGUGAAGGCCAACGACGCCGAGGAGCCGAUGACGUUCCAGCGGCCGACGGUGAUGCGGCAGAUCCGCGCGCUUCAGCUGCUCGAGACGGUCAACCUGAUGGCUACUGGCUACCCUCACAGGAUGCGGUUCCGCGCGUUCAACACGCGCUACCGGCUGCUGUCGCGGCCGUCACUGCUGCACCGCACCGAGGAAAAGGCCGUGGAGGAUUGCCGGGCGAUCCUGGCCAAGUUCCAGGCGAUGCUGGCGGCGGACGCUGUCGGUGUCGAAAGUGCGGGUGACGGCUGGGCGCUGGGGAAGCGGCACAUCUUCCUCACAGAGGGCACGCGGCAGCGGCUGGAGCAGCUGCGCGAACAGAUCCGUCUGUGCGCCGCCGUGCUGGUGCAGAGCGUGUGGCGCGGCUGGCGCGUGCGCCGCCGUUGGCCGCAGAUGCGCCGCAACAUGGAGCAUCGGCAGCGUAACAAGAGCGGCCCGACCAGGCCGCGGCCGCAGCCAAUCACAGGCACGCCGCCGCCGGACGUGCCGGAGCGGUGCGAGCCGCUGGCCGUGCAGCAGACGUGCUCCCUGUUCGGCCUGGACCUGGAGCGGCCGCCGCCGCUGCCGCCGGCCAGGGCCUACACCGUCAACGGCAACCGCAAGUUGGGCUACCCGCAGGAGCGGCUCAUGCUGCUCAACUUCCCAGACGACGACGGCGGGGAGGUGACGCUGCUGAAAGGCGACACGGUGCUGGUGGUGGGGGCGUCCUCUCGGCGCGGACACCUCCUGGUUGAGUGCGCGGGCCAGACCGUCCACGUGCCGCACCAGUACAUGGAGCUGAAGUCGCCGACCAGGCCGACCGGCAAGCUGUGACCUGUCGAAGAGCUCUCUGAAGUGCUGGUUGACCCCGUCGUGGGCCGCGCUGCCGGUCGGUCAGUCGGUGCGGGGCGCGCGCAGAGCUUCACGUGUCAGCUGUGGUGGUCGCAGGUGCUGUGACACAUAUGGUGCACUGCGAUGCUGGCUGGUCAGUGCGAUGGACUCUUGUAGGGUUUUUUAGAGACAGAGAGAGAGGGGAGGGAGGUGCGGAGGCGCGGAGGCAGCGGGCUGGCCACCGACUCGCUGCUGUGGCGAGGUGGCAGGACUGCGUGUGACUACCUUUGCGUCUGGGGACGUUCUCUCGACCUCAGCGGCGAAAACAGCAGGGCUGCGGUGCUGCUGCGCUCUCAUUCGCUGCUGAUGUAGCUGAUGUACAGCUCUUUCAUGUGCCAUUUCCGUCGGACGUGUGGGAUGAUGGAUCCUUGCGCGACGCGAGCCGUAAAGUGCCAUGCGGUCAUAUGCUGUGAGACUGACCGUUGUGAGCUGCGAUUGUUGCAAUAUUCAUGUGCUAGGUGUUGCCGCGAUGCCUUGGUGAGAGAUGCUCGCAUCUUGACGCGAGAUUUGACUACAUUGAAAAGUGUAGGAGUUGCAUGUUUCUUGGCCUUGUUUCUUUUGGUGGUCAACGUCUUGCAUGCACCAGCAGGAUUCGUGGUUUUGUGCUAGGAUUUCCCUCAUAGCUGUUCUCCUUUGAAUGGAUGACUCAACCUCAGGAUAUUCUUUAAAUGAUCUGAUGUACUGUUGUUAUGGCGGCGAUGUUUCAUCCGUUGGCCACGCUGAUUCACAUGGAUGUCACUUGUUCUCCAUUCGUCAUUGGUAGUUCAAAUGACUGUCAGUGGUUCGAAUGCCACUAGCUGUUAAUAUUGACCCUCAUUGUAAGAAAAAAAGAGCGCUGCGCAUUUACUCGACGUGUCCGUAUUUCGCAAAGCGCCUGGAAACCUUUGCUUUCAUCCAGUUUGCAAAAGCGUCGUAUGAGCCUAUUAGGCUAUAGCGCCUAAAGCAAGCUACAUUGAGCUAUCUACCUGGAGCUCCCACCUUACAAUUGUUAGCGAGCUGAACUAGUGCCAACUUGGAAAGUUUAACGAUUUCAUUCAGGCCAUGGCGUGUGAUGUAUUCUCAGUGUGGAUGUAAACAUGUUCGUUUUUGCCAGGGCCUGCCACAAGAAUGAAGUGCCAAGCUGAUUGGCGCUGUGAUUUGUGUCCAAUAUCGUUUGGGUUAAUGCCGUUGCGAGAACAUGUGACAAUAGACCACCCAAAGUAGGUGGACCAAUACUCGGCAUGAAUUAUAUGUGACUGUGUGUGUGUACGUCUGCAAACGCGGCAUCGAGGUACCCUCUCGGAAGAGGAGCGGUGCGCCAGUGUUGCUCAAAGACUUGCCUUGACGUCUGAUCAUGCACGCAUUUAGAUUCGUGAUCGUCAAUGGAUUGUCCUCCCAGUUGCCCAGGUGAAUUCGUAACCGACGGUGCCAUGCCGCGUGGGUAAGAGACGAGGUGCGUUCAGACAAUCAUGUGAUUAACGAUGAUGCGGAGAUUAUCAAUAUAAGUUUUUAUAGAUAGGGAUGACCAUUGGCGAGUGCAGACGUAAUGUGUGCUAUUACGCAUUGCUACGCCGUGGAACGAUGUUGUGAAUGUCCAAAGUGGGUCCGGUGGGGAUAGCUCACACGUAGAAAGAAAUGUGCUGGAACAGCUGUCUGGGAACGGCGUUUAACCUAUGGUCUUCGACGUUGGCGAUGACUUAAGGAGCUUAUAGUUUUUAGCACAUGACAUGUACCAUGACUUCAGC